UGUCCAACUCUAUGCGGCUCCGCAAUAUCGCGCCGCUCACCAACUAGUUCUUUCAGGCAGCGGCCGAGUGGCCUCCCAGAGCAUCAGCUCUUCCGGUGCAGACCGCGAGUUCGUCGUUCGUCGUUCGUCGUUCGUCGCGAGGCACAGCGCGUCCUCACGGCGACGCAAGACGACAACGUCUAAUACUAACCGCGUCUUCGAACGCACGCAGUCUUCGACAUGUCUACUUUUCAAGCCGUCAACACCACCCUUGCCGUGCCGGAACCUCUUCCCGGACGUCCAGGCGAAGAGACGACACCUACUACGCCUCGACCGAAUAGCACCUUCUUCAACGACGCGAAGCCUUCGGACGACCCACGCGCCGAAGAUCCCUCGGCGAAAACGCCGACGCGUAACAGUUUCGCUGGUCUCGCUGGCCAGCGCCCUCUUCCUUCCUCGCCGUUCACGCCCUCACGCGAGCUUAGCACCACCCCCAGCAGACACCCUCUAUCGCGCGAAGACUCGCAUCGUUCUUCACAGUCUGCGGGCUCACAGGAUGUAGAGAUGGGCGGUGCCGAAGAAGAGGGCAAAGACGGUUCCGAAGACGAAAGCGUUAGUGGGGAUGCCAAAUCAGCUUCGAAAAAGAAGAAGGGUCAACGCUUCUUUUGCACAGAAUUUCCGCCAUGCCACUUGAGUUUCACGCGAAGCGAGCACCUAGCCCGCCACAUUCGCAAGCACACAGGCGAACGACCAUUCCAGUGUCAUUGCUCCCGACGAUUCUCCCGACUUGACAACCUGCGACAGCAUGCGCAGACAGUCCACGUCAAUGAAGACAUUCCGGGAGACUCCCUCGCCGCGACCGGCACUCGAUUCCAGAGGCAGAUCCGAACCGACCGUGUACGACCACCCGGGAAUCGCUCCCGUGCCAAUACGUUAGGAAGCACAGGGGGCCAUAGCAGAGGGCACAGCAGGAACCUUUCAUCCUCUAGUAUCACCUCUACGGCUUCGAGCAUGAGCGUAGCUCCGUCUCCGGACGUGCGUCGCCGGCCACCUCCACUUGCCAUGGCCAACGACGGGCCUGCAAGGGCACGCUUGUCACUCAACACCAUGGACGCAUACAAUCCCCCGCUCAUGGGUAGCCCCGGGCCGCAGAUUGUCGACUAUAACGAUGCCACAACGCCGACGUCGGCCACAUUCUCUACAGCCACCGGAAGUCCGAGUCGUUUCAGCUCCGCGGUGCAGUCGCCUGUGGCGUCAGCUUCACGACCUGUUUCUUGGAGCGGAGUUGGGCCCAUGCCGAGUGGAAGGCGGCUCUCUGUGCCUUCCAAUGGGAAUCCCUUUUCUGGUCCUGCAGGUCAAUACCCGCCCCAGUAUAUUACGCCUGUUCCAUCAGCUACCCCAUCAAGCACCUUUUCCCCUCAGAGCAGCUCUUACGCAAGUCCGGUCGCCCCAGAAUUCCCCGGCUCACGAAGGGAAUCGAAUGCAGACGCAGACUGGAGGAGACGAACAUGGCACCCAGGAUCGUAUGCCGGACCUCGACCUGCUACUAGCGGACUAGGCUAUCACCAAACUCCGGAUGCCCCGCGCCCUUCAUUUACAUCGCAACCUGCUGCGUCCCAAACAAGGUUGCCUGGAAUUGAAAGCUUCGACCACGCCCCACCCCCGCCGAUGCCGCGCCGUCAACCAAGCCCCAUGCAGAUCGAUGCACCCACGCGACCACUCACAUACCACGCUCCUACGGAUCUUCGUCCGGCGAUCAAGCAUGAGAAGCGCACUAGUAUCUCAUGGGAUACGAACCUGCAGAGGGGAUUUACCAAUCUCGAGAUAGCAAGCCCGAAUCACCAAAGAGAAGCGUGGGCUCAGUACCAAAGAAGCCCAGGACAAACUACACAUGCUCGUCCUACAACCGCGCCCCACCCAGCUUACUUCAACCAGCAGCCCAAUAGCUCCCCUGGAAUGCAACACCCUAUUCCUGAGACAGCCAGGACGUCGCAGGAAACCCCAGUUACACCAAAAAGAAACAAGCGUCAAGCCUGGUACAAUGGGCCUGUGAACCCCAACAUACCUCCUCAACCGAUCCGAGCGGUACAGCGGACUUCGCCAGAAGAUUCAAGCAGCAGCGAAGGAGUUCCAACUCCUUCCAAUUCCACGAUGACAGAGUAUCAUCCAGCCAUCGUACACAGCAAUGGCUAUGUAGAGUCGCACCCUCCGGAGGCACCUGUUGAAGAACACAAGCCCGUCCGCACGUCAAUUAUGGACAGACCUCACCCAAUAUACAAUCAGCAGCAAUCAUAUCAUAGCCACAGUCUGUCGACCCCGUCGUAUCGUUCCUAUCAACAGUCGGAGAGAGGACACGUUACCUUUGGUCCGCCAAUUACCCAGCCGCCUGCGAAUGAUAUGAGGCGAUUGGAAGCGCUUGUAGCUGUUGCCACCGGGGAGCAGGUUGGAAACCGCCAGUGAAACUGACCCGUCCGCCGGAUACGACUGAUCGCAUAUUAUAUCCACCAGAGAACGAAUACUGAGAGCUAAACCCCCCUCUCAAGUCCUACCGUUACCACUUUUCAUCAUGGGCUGGAAACAAGUUCUUCGGAAACAUCUGAAGCCUGUUCUAGAACCUACCGCUUCAUUGCUUCGCACGAGAUGAAA